UAUUGAUGACUCACUCAGUUACUCUCCCUCCUGUGCUGAAUCGUUUGGUAUGACGUCCAUUUAUCAAAAGUUCAGAACUUUAAAAAGCUGGAAUCUUUACCGAUGAUCAGAAGUUCAGUUAUUUGAAAAAUGGAGUGAUCGAAUAAAAAAUCAAUUUUUUGAGCAAUACUUUUCAAUCCCAGCCAUGGCUUACAUUCCCCCUCACAAGCGGCAUCACAAGGAUGGCGACCGAUCAGCUCCCACCCCUUCACCAAUUCCCAUCUCUCUCAACCCACGCUUCAAGGAAACCCUAAAUCUCGGUUCUAGUCGCCGUCGGCAAGAUCGCCAUGGUGCCGGAAAGAUCGUAUACGCCGCAGAUUCCAUCUUCCGGUGGUGGCCUGUCGGUGCCGCCGCCGACGGCGACCCUAUCCCUGUCUCUUUCCGGCUAGAGCCUUUUGACUGGGAGACCAUAGAGCAGAGGGAUGGUGAAAAGCCGCUGGUUCUCGUGAGCGGCGGGGGAUUGGAGGAGAGUGCUGGUGAAGAGCAGGAUACGACGCCUUGGGUUUCGAUAACGGAGAGGGUGGUGCCUGACUUGAUCGCGGCUGCGGCGAGUGCGAGAGACGAGCUGAAGCAUGGUGGAGAUGAGGAGGCGAAGCUGUACUUUAUGGCUAAAUCUGGAAAGAAUGUCUUCCCUGGAGGUUCUUCAGUUAGCCUCGAUUACAUCAAGAAGGCUGCAUCUGCACCAAUUAAUUCUACCAACAAACUGCGCAAAAUAUUCUGUACAAAUGUUCCACAUUCACACAUGGAAAAUGCCCAAAUUACGGUUGCUCCCAAAAUUGGUCUUUCAUUUCACUCUCAGAAAGACCAUUAUCAUAUUCUGAUUUCUGAUAAGCACAGACCAGAUUUAACAAUUACAUGCAAGUGUACCAUUACAGAGAGUGGACAACUAAGAUUGUACAAGAUUGAAGAAAAUAUAGUGCGGCAUCUGGUGGCUGACAUUUCUUGCCUCUACAAGAAGCUCGAUCUUCGGCUUUUUCUGUUCACCAGAAGAAAAAUGAAAAUCAUAGAUAAUGAGGAAAAUGAAGCUCUAAACAAGAUAGUAAUGUCUGCUAUAAUAGAUCCAGAUGUGAAAGGAGGGCUCAGAUGGCCUAUAGGUAAGCAAUAUUAUGGUGAGCGGUUCAGUGUUGUGGGAGCUUGGCAUACCAAAUGUAUUACUUUAAGGAGCGAUAAGAUGAGGCUCGUCCUAAGGCACGCUGAUCGAUUUGAUUAUAUGAAGUCGACUGGAGAGGUUGCUUCUGAAUUAUCUUUGAAAAUGAUUGAAAUUGCCAGGCUCUUGAAGGAAGGAGAUAUCGAAAGUAACCUGCUGGAAGUGAUGGUUCAAGAGCUGAAGGUAUGUUCUGAUGAAUCAGACAUUCAGAAGGAAAUUGUAAUGGAAGCUAUAGCUGAAAAUAUAUGUUCUAAAACUCUCUGUAAAUACAUGUUUUCAUUGUAGUGUUUUGUAAAUUUUCUAAAGAACUUAUAAAUAUUUUUCUGAUUCUGCAUAUGAAAUGUAGAGUGAGACUUUCUGCCUUAUAAGAUUUCAAUUUUUUAUAUUUUGCAUAUUGUCACCUUCCAAAAGAGUCUUUGUGGGUGGUGGCAGCCAAGGACUUAAAUUCUACUUUUCAGCCCUACGCCUAGCCGAUGUGAGACUAUUUGUUCGUGACAUUCUUCUCCACCCAAUCACGUGACGCCCUCGUCACGGAUCGGCUCCACCGAGAAUCCCA